AUGGCGCAGCACAUGAGUCUUCUGGUCUUUCUCCAUGGAGUUCUCACAUUUCAGAUGAAAGGGGUGCUUGGUUUGUCCGAAGAGAGCAGUGACAGCAAUCCUGGAUACAGAAAAAGCUACUAUAUAGUUCCAGUGCUGCCAAUUCAAAGACUGAUGGAGCGACCAGAGUUCGCUUACAACAGGGAGGCAGCACCCUUGCUAGCUUUGUGGCCAUCCAGUAUUUUUGGAGCGCCAGAUGGAAUUAGGCCCAGAGUCAGCACGGUGGCACGCGUCCAGCUUCAGCCAGUGCCCGUCAUUUCCAGACCCAUCGCGUCCACCCGGGCCCCUUCCUCGUCUGGGAGCACAGCUGUGAGCGGCCCUGUCCUCAUACCCUCCGCCCAGCCCAAGACCUCGGAGGGGAACAGAGAGGCCUCUGCACCUGGGAACCUGGGGACCUACUGUGGCAUGUCAACCAGGUUUUCCCCGACACCCCAAGUUCUGACAACUCCAGGUCUCCCCACAGAGGGUGCACAUCACAGCACCAGCUCCCCCACCUCCCCUCCAACUAAGGAGCCCCGAGGAGACAUGUAA